UUGCUUCUUGGUGGCUUCUUCUUCGUAAAUGUUAACAGUUACUCUUCUCAAUUAACAAACACUGAGAACUUGAUUUUCCCACAUAUUUUGAGUAACAAAUCAAACACAGGACACCCCAAUGAGAAAAUAAAUUUUCUGUUUCUCAUCGCAUCCCUUUCCAUCCUUUCCUUUCUCAGUAAUUUUCUUGGAAACCAAAGAGGCCAUAGGCCACUUGUCAGAAAAACAUGAGAAGAGGUCCACGUGUCUAUCGUAUAGGGAGUGUGUUUGUAACCAUAUCUUAAUCAAUAAAAGGGAAAAUCCGUGUUGCCGAAAACGCAUGAUACAUCAAUAAAUUAUGUAUAUCAUAAUCUUUGAUUUUAGCAUUUUAAUUAAGGAAUAAAAUAAUAUGAGGAUAACCGCAUUUGUCGGGACUAUAUGAAACGUAUCAUCAAUUCAAGAGUUUAAUCAAAGUCUGUUUUUCUAUUCUCCUCUUUUUUGAAUCUUCGAUUCGAUUGGGUAAUGGUAAUCUUACUCUCUGUAGCUGGUUUCUUUCUUUGGUCUAAAUAUCUAUUGUCUGUUUUUUCCGAAUGUCCGCUUUGUGUAGAAAGAAAGAGAUGGUAGCAUCAACAUCAAUUUCAGAUAUUUUCAUUGCAUGGUGCUUUGGGAUAAGAAUGUGAUGUCGAAUCCGGAGCAACUUGCAGAAUUGAUAUUCAUCCUUGUUGAUGGCUUCCAGUUUGGGAUCAGUUGAGAAGAAAAUUUGUUUAUCAAGGAAAAAUGGGUGGCAAGAAACAGAAGAAGUUCCUCACAGUAGCACCCUUUGAGUGUGCUUGGAGAAAGGAGUUGAGAUUCAGGGUAGCUGGACGGGGUUGUGUCGCUUUUGAAGCUUUCGCUCACAACGAUGUCACGGUUGUGUUCAGAGAGCAUGUUGGUAGCCAACACUAUCACUACAAAACGGAUAAUAGCCCAAAUUACACCGUAGUUUUGGGCAGCCACAGGAACCGUAGGUUGAAGAUUGAGGUAGAUGGGAAGACCGUGGUGGAUGUGGCCGGCGUUGGACUCUGCUGUUCUUCAGCUUUUCGGAGCUAUUGGAUAAGUAUUUAUGAUGGUUUGAUUAGUAUUGGCAAGGGUCCUUUCCCGUUUCAAAACCCUGUCUUCCAGUGGCUUGAUUCAAAUCCCAACUGCAAAGUCCAAUAUGUCGGGCUCAGCAGCUGGGACAAGCAUGUAGGGUACAGAAACGUCAAUGUGUUGCCACUGACGCAGAAUCACAUAUCCCUCUGGAAGCAGCUGGAUUAUGAUGAAGGUGAAGGGGAAGAGGAUAACCAAGAGGAGUUGGAAGAUGGAUAUGGAGGUUACGAGGAGUGGGGGCUUGAAAAUUUUCUCGAGAGCUGGGAUUUGUCAGAUAUGUUCUUUGUGGUUGGUAUGGAGGAAAAGGCAGUCCCUGCACACAAGGUUAUUUUGGAAACUUCUGGUAAUUUCCAUUUUUCUUUGUCGGAUGAAGGGGUCAUCCAUCUUCCAGGAGUACCCUAUCCAAUCCUCCAUGCUCUUCUUCAGUACAUCUACACCGGCCAGACCCAGGUUCUGGAGUCACAGCUUGCUUCAUUAAGGGAUCUGAGCUUACAAUUUGAAGUCAUAUCAUUAUUUAAGCAGUGUGAAGAGAUGAUUGAACGCUUUAAGCUGAACAAAAAAUUAUUUGACUCGGGUAAGAAAGUUGAGAUUUCACAUCCAAGUUCCAGGCCUCAGCAUUGUACGGUCUUCCCAUCUGAACUCCCCAUCAAUGUUCAAAAGCUCAAGCAAGUAUUUUCAACUGGCAAGUACAGCGAUGUGGACAUCUAUAUUGAUAGGCAUGGUCUUGUUGCCUGUUCACAUAAACUCAUCCUCAGUUUAUGGAGUACCCCAUUUAUGAAGAUGUUCACUAAUGGAAUGAGUGAGAGCAGUUCUUCAGAAAUCUGCUUAAAGGAUGUCUUACCAGAAGCUUUCACAGCUAUGCUCCAAUUCAUGUAUAGUGGAGAAGUUGAUGUGAAUGAUGCCAUGGACAAGUGUAGCUUGUUGCUCCAGCUUCUGCUAUUGGCAGAUCAAUUUGGGGUUAUGCCCCUUCAUCAGGAAUGCUGCAAGAUCCUCUUGGAAUGCCUCUCUGAGGAUUCAGUGUGCACCAUUCUUCAAGUGAUCUCAAUGAUUCCAUCCUGUAAACUGAUUGAAGAAACUUGUGAGAGGAAAUUCUCAAUGCACUUCGAUUAUUGUACUACUGCCAGCACUGGCUUUGUGUUGUUGGACGAGGAAACAUUCAAAAACAUUCUUCAGCACCCUGAUUUAACUGUAACGUCUGAAGAAAAAGUUCUCGAUGCCAUCUUAUUGUGGUGCUUGCAAGCAAAGGAACAAUGUGGGUGGGAAACAGCUGAUGAUCUAUUGAAAUCUUCAACUCCUGAACUUAUUUUUGGACAGAGGCUUCAAUCAGUCAAUGACCUGUUGCCCUUAGUGCGCUUCCCUUUAAUGCCGUUGCUCUUGCUUAGGAAGCUGGAAAAGAGCAAUCUUGCCAGAAAAGUUGCUGUAUUUGAACAUCUUGUGAUGGAGGCUGUAAAUUAUUCAGAUUUUGGAGUAACAAUCUCAGGAAAUGAUCAGAAUGUAAGGUUUCAGCAUAGGCGAUCUAGUUUUAAGGAGCUCCAGUACAUAUGCGACGGGGACAACAAUGGAGUCAUUUACUUUGCAGGAACAUCAUAUGGGGAACAUCAAUGGGUCAAUCCUGUUCUAGCACAGAAAAUUACAGUGACUGCUAGUAGCCCUGCUUCAAGAUACACUGACCCUAAGGUUUUAGUAUCAAGGACAUAUCAGGCAACUUCUUUCGCAGGGCCUCGAAUGGAGGAUGGAAAGAAUUGUGCAUGGUGGAUGGUUGACCUUGGCCAGGAUCACCAGCUGAUGUGCAACUGCUACACCUUGAGACAGGAUGGUUCAAAUGUAUACAUGAGAUGUUGGGCUCUUCAGGGUUCUUUGGACGGAAGAAAUUGGACUGACCUGAAAGUACACGGAAAUGAUCAGACAAUAUGCAAGCCUGGUCAGUUUGCCUCAUGGCCUGUGCAAGGUCCUGCUGCAGUGCUUCCAUUCAGAUUUUUCAGAGUUAUCUUGACAGGUCCCACCACUAGCAAUUCGAGCCCCUGGAAUCUUUCCAUUUGCUUCCUGGAAUUGUACGGUUAUUUUCACUAAUAUAACUGGAAAAAAAAAAUGCGUCUGAUCUGUGUAAAUGAUGGCAGACUUGUUACUACUCUGUCCUUUGAACUCGUACGUCUAUCCUCCCUUUGAUAUGUAUAGUUUAUUUUUUCACUUGUAAGGUAAACCGAAAGAUUAGGCUCAGUCACAUGUGUUCUCAAAAUGUACCCAACUUUUUUGUCUGUUUCUUGUUUUAUCCUGUAUAUACAGGUGUAAGAGUAACUAUUGCUGGAAAUAUGCGGUAAAGAUGGCAAGUAUCAAUACUAGCUUUAUCAUUCACA